AUGGCAGACAUUUCAGUCCUGCUGAUCGGCGCAAGCGGCGCUCUAGGAAAGCCUCUCAUGGAUGAACUUAUCCGCCAAAGAGACCAAUUCAAGCGCAUCGCCAUUCUCGCAACCCCCGACAGGGCCACUAAAUUCAGCAAUUCCGAUGUCGAGGUUGUGAUUGGAUCAUUCUAUGAGGCAAAAUCAUAUCAAGGCUUCACGCAUGUCAUAUCAGCAGUCGGCAAUCCCCUGAUGGUCUUGCAACCUGCUAUGGUUGAAGUUGCCGUCUCCGUUGGCGUAAAGCAUUGGUACUCCUCGGAAUGGAACAGCGAUAUCUCCCAGCGGCAGAUUCAAAACUUGCGCUACUUCCGCGACAAGCAAGCUGUAAGGGCCUAUUUACGUGGCAAGGCCGCCCAAGCACCUGGUUUUCAAUAUACCCUCAUGGUCACGGGUAUUUUCACAGAGUGGGCGCUGGACGAGUUCUACGGGUUUGACCAUCAGAAGCUCACAGCAAGAUUGUAUGGUCAACCUGGUAAGAGGAUCGGCGUCACGAGUAUCCCCGACAUCGCGCGGCACACCAUCGAUUCGCUACGGAUUCCUUUCGACAGUCCAGGGCGCACACUGCGGGUGCAAGGCUGGACAGGCAAAAUUGAAGAAUUGAUCGCCGAGUUGGAGCAGGCCAGAGGCGUCAAGUACCAAAUCACCUGGGUGGAUGUCUCCGAGGCGAAGGAACUGGAAGAACAAGCCAGGGUGAACGAGGACGAUUUGUCCGAGAUGAUGUAUAGUAUCAAGCCGUUGUUAACCAGUGGAUAUGGUGUUGCGGACGGGGUUGGCAAGUUGGAUAAUGACCUCUUUGACUUCAAGCCGGAGACGCCGAGAGAGACGUUUGCCCGUGUUUUCAAGGCAGAGAACUAG